AUGUCUUCAGGCGGCAAAUCAGGUAUGUCGGGUUCAGUCAACCCUACCCGACAGCAAGAACUCCUUUUGGCUGACACACAGCCCGGCACCUCGUAUGAUUACAGGUGGAAAGGCCAAGGCCGGAGCCGACUCCAAGACUCAGUCGCGAUCGUCCAAGGCCGGUCUUCAAUUCCCCGUCGGUCGUAUCCAUCGAUUGUUGCGACGAGGCAACUACGCCCAACGCGUCGGUGCCGGUGCGCCCGUCUACCUCGCCGCCGUGCUCGAGUACCUGGCCGCCGAGAUUCUCGAAUUGGCCGGCAACGCCGCUCGUGACAACAAGAAGUCGCGUAUUAUCCCGCGUCACUUGCAACUCGCGAUCCGCAACGACGAGGAGCUGAACCGUCUGCUCGGCGCCGUUGUCAUCUCGCAAGGUGGUGUCCUCCCCAACAUCCACUCCGAGCUCUUGCCGACGUGAGUCUUUCCGCUUCUUGAGUUCUCAUGGUCAUGAACUUUAAUCGAGGCUGACCCGUUCGCAUACCCUUCGCAGCAAGACCAAGAAGGGUGCUCAAUCUCAGGAACUCUGA